AUGGAUGACGAGUUAUUGAAUCGAUUCAAGCUCGAAGCCACUGUCUUUCCGGAGCAUACUAUUCACACGACGUACAAGCUGAAGCGCCAACAAGGCCCCUUACGUGAACCUGUUGAAACCAAAUGGAUUCUACAAGACAUUAUCGGGCACGGGGCGUUCGGCCAGGUCCGUCUAGAAACCUGCGUUAAGAAGGAUCUGUUGGGUAGGGAAAUGUCACAGCCACGAGCAGUCAAGAGGAUAUUCAAGAGUCAGAUGAGGGCCAUGAAGAUUGACUACAAACAUGAACUGGCAGCACUUGUGAGACUUUCAACCCCCGAGUACAAGGAGCAACAAAUCUUUGUGGAUUUCCAUGGGUGGUUUGAGACCCCGGAGGCUCUCUUUAUUGCCAUGGAGUAUGUGGAGCUUGGAGACCUGAGUAAAUACAUAGGGGAGGCGAUCACUGAGAUUGAUGCGGUUGAAGUUGCCAACGACUUGCUCUUCGGGCUAAAGAUAAUGCACUCAGAGGGCUUCACUCAUCGGGAUCUGAAACCACAGAACAUCUUCGUUCGGCAAAAGAGACCGCAGUCGUCACACUGGCGUGUUGCUAUUGCCGACUUCGGUAUUUCCAAACGGGUUGCGGAUGAAGAGACCGCUCUGCGCACCACGAUCGGAACUCCUCACUACCAAGCUCCCGAAAUACGUUGCUACUCAAUCAUUGGUCGACCGAACGAGGCUGAAUCAUACAGCAGCGCCGUCGAUCUCUGGUCUUUAGGCUGCGUUAUGGUCCAGUUCGUGACUGGAGCCGUACCAUUCACGCACGAAGCAGUUCUCCAGCGAUACUGCCGUAACGACAAGCACUUCCAAACGGACCCCCUUUCUACUAAGCUGGGGCAGGAAGGGGUCGAUUUCAUGCAAAAACUCUUGGCUGCUAAUCCAGAGCAACGUCCAACAGCGGACGAUGCCCUCGGACAUCCUUGGUUCCGGAGUAGAGACGAUAUCCCUCACCCUCUGCCGGAAGUCACACAAGCCAGUGCCGAUCAUAAUGCCGCUCGACAAACCGAGCCCUCAGCACCGUAA